AUGGCUGCCACCACAUCUGCUGCCUCAGCGGUAGCGCCAAGCGACAUUGCAAAACUGUUAGCAACAGUUCAAAAGUCGGUCACGGCUCUCAGCAGCUCAGUCAAAGCCUUUGAGAACGACGUCACCGAGGCCGCAUCCAACGAUUCCGCAGCGAACCCUUUUGCAUACCCUGACGGCAUCUCCUUGCUCUCCGUCAAGAACGAUGCUAUGCUCGACUACCUCCACCACAUCGUCGCUGUUUGUCUUGCCAAGAUCUCAGGUCGAUCCUUGACCGCCAGCAGCAGCAAAACAGAUGCUCUACAGGGUCCGGCAGAUCUUGUCCAGGAUCUUGUCACACUUCGCCUGAUGCUCGAAAAGCUUCGACCGCUGGAGAACAGACUCAAAUAUCAAAUGGACAAACUUCUUCGUGCUGCUGCUGAUGACGACAAGGACGUCCUGCUGGGCCGGUCCAAGCCGGCAUCGACCAAGGCCAAGAAGAGCAAAGGCGACAGCAGCGAUGAAGACGAAGCCAGCGAUGACGACCUUGCAUUCCGACCGAAUCCAGCCGCCUUCAUGCAGGACAAAGCUCGAAACGUGGCUCAGACAGGCAAGGCAAACGGCACGUCGAAGAGAAGACCAGGACACCAGUCCUCCGAUUCAGAGUCUGAGUCGGAGCAGGAAGGCGGCAAGACAGCCGUCUAUCGACCGCCCAAACUUGUGCCCAUGUCGUACGACCCGGAUGCACGAACCAACAAGAAGGAUUCACUUUCGUCCAUCACGCGCAACUCUGCAUUGCUAUCUGAUCUCACAGCUGGCAUGUCCUCGAAUCCGUACGAAGCCUCCUCUGCCGGCGUCGGCGUUGGAGGUCGUGGUCGACUGGCAGCCAACACCUCUUCCCGCGCCAAAGCGUUGGCCAGAAUGGACGAGUUCGAGGAGGAGAACUUCACCCGUCUCGUCAUGUCCAAAAAGGAUGCUCGCAAGCGUCGUCGUGACGAAGCCGACGUUGCACUCGGCGGCGCCGGUCUCAGUUCGGGUCGCGAUGGCAGGAGAAGGAUCGGUGGUGGUAUGGAGGAAGAGUUUGGCGAUCUGCUUCGUGGAUCGGGGCUGGACGGUCGUGGAGGAAAGAAGGCGAAGAAGGCUGCGAGCGCGUACGAUGCGCUCAGGGCCAGCAGCAAGGCUGGCUCGACGUUGCAGAGGUCCAAGGGUUCUUCCGCGCCGUCGUCCGCACCGGGUGGCAAGAGCAACAAGUUCAAGAACCAGGUCAAUCGUGCUCGGAGGUGA